GUCGAAUAUAAUCGCUAUCUGUUUUUGCCCACUGUGGAUGGCCGAAUCGUUCCGGCAAAUCCACGAUGGCUUCUGGACUCUGUGCCUUCAGGAAAUGUGGAUUACCCGUCACCAGUGCCUUAUCUGACAGGAUUGAACAGAGAUGAUGGUUCCGAGGUAAUCCUGGAGGAUCGAUUGUUGGGUGAAUUUAACGAUUUUUUGCUGGUUGAUCAGCAGUAUCUGAAAAGUUACGUGCUUGAGUACGCUUUCCGUCACAAUUAUACGACGAAUCGUGAAGCUAUAGCGGAAGCCAUUGAGGAUCGCUACACGUAUUGGCCGGAUGCAUCCGAUGAAAAUGCAAUUCGGAAACAUUUCAUCCACACGGAACAUUUGCAUAUCACAAAUGGGGAUGUAGAGUGGCUACAUCUGGGAAAGGCCGACUUGUUCUUUAGUGUAUGUGCCCCUCAUUCCAUCUUUCAGUGGAGUGUUGUCUUCAAGAAAGAUUACGAACAUUUAACUAGUGUUUGCCACGAUUGUGAUCUGUAUCUGCUGUUUGGCUUCCCAUUUAUGCCGAAGGAACUGUUGCCGAAGCAGUUGCAAAAUGUCACAUGGACAGGCGCUGAUCGAAAUGCUAGCCAAAUUUUUUCACUGAUUUUUCGACAAUUCGCCUCUUUCAUGAAUCCAAAUCUUCCUUCCGAUUCAAGCUGGCUGGCCUUCGAACCACGACGACAUUGGUACAUGAAUUUCAACUAUUCUACGUAUAAUGCUAUUUCCAUACCUGGCACACUGGAGCGUGAUUAUCGCUGGGAAUUGGUAUCGUUCUGGAAUAUAUACUUACCAUCGUUGGUGCAGUACAUGACGACAACAUUUUCGCCAUUUGAAGUAAAAAUUCGACGAGAAUUGGUAGCGUAUCAGAUGGCCACUGGUGUAAUUGUUUGUAUAUUAAUGGUUGCCCUCGUCCUAAUGUGCCUUUUUGCGUAUCUCUUGUUUGAGAGAAAUUCAAAAUUGUCUCGGAAUGAGUUUGAUUGUAAGCAGUUGAUUCGUAACACGGAUGGUGGCUUCCCACCACGCCAUAUCAGUCAGGUUUCUUGUCUUUGA